UAGUGACAACAUAACCUCAAUUAUUUCGCUUCUCGGGAAAUUUUCUGUGAUUUCAGGAUGAAUUUCCUCAGGACAGUGGCAAAGUAUCAUCGUGUGGGAGAGAAGAACCUAUCAACAACCUGUCCAAGAUUCAUAAACCGCCGGAAGACUCUUCUGAAAGUGGAUAAAUCGAUAGAAGAGAAUGUCAUGGAAUUUCUAAACAACUGCACACGUCCCGAAGCGUCUCAGUGGAAAAAUCUCAGAAGUCAGCUUCUCACCAUAGCCCCAAGAAUCAGCCUAGCAAAUGUAGACGCCACUAUUGUAGGAUUCUGCGUGCAGGCAAAGAAAUUAACCGCCGCAAGGGGAUUUGUUGAAUUCCUGGAUAGAGAUCCGGAUAUUGGGGGAGCAAAUUGUGCCACCCUGACACGUCUCCUUCGUGUAUAUCAUGCCAUAGCCACUGAGAGACCUCUUACACAAACCGAGGAAGAAGAAAUUGGCCAGAUUUAUGGGAAAUUGAGAGAGAAAUUUCCUCAUUUCGAUGCAAAUACAUCUGAGGGAAUUAUUGCUGCUCUUUCAAUGACAUCCAGGUGGAAGGAAUGCCUGGAACUGAUGGACGGCAUUGAGAUACUCUGCAAACCUUCAACAAAUACCUACAUGAGUGUUAUUGAGGCUGCAUUUCGGCACAACGAUAAGGUCAUUGCCCUUCAAAUUCUCGAAAAAAGUGUUAGAAAUUCCCGGAUUCCCAAAUGUUCAGCACUGAUAGCCUGGAUUGACUUUUGUGACCAUCAGGGAGGGGACAUCCAAGAAUUCCUUCAUUUUGUAGAAACAAAUGAUCUACAAAUCUCUGAUGAAGUUAUCAAGAGGCUAGAAAAGCAUCUUCAGAACAUUGGGAUUCCAUCCUGGAGGACUGCUGUAGAUCCAAAUGGUACCUGCUAUGAAUGUUCAAUGCCUAUGAAGCCUGUUCGGUUAUCAGAUGAGGAAUUUGCCGAGCUGCAGAGUCAAUUCUUGAGCAAAGUUCUCAUAAGAGAGGAUGUUUUCCUGAAAUCCAAUCCCAAAGAGGUAGAAGUGUUCAGGAAGUUCCUGUCGCGUACACAGCCUUUUGAUUGCAUCGUGGAUGGACUCAAUGUGGCCUUGUCUAAAGGAACCUCACGCACAGGGGAUAUCCUGGCCAAGAACUUAAUUGGCGUCGUUAGGCAUUUUUCACGGAAAGGUCAGAAAGUUUUGGUCUUGGGACGGAAGCAUAUGAAUGGAUGGCCUCAGGAAUAUAUGACUCUAUUGAGGAAUCAGGCAAAGGUGUUUCUAACAGACAAUCUCUCGCAGGAUGAUCCUUUUUUGCUCUAUGCUGCUUUAACUAGUGGAAAGGACUGUACUAUCGUCUCGCGGGAUUUAAUGCGCAGUCAUGCCUUCCUGUUGGGCACUCAGGAGUUGAGGAGUAGUUUUAGGAAGUGGCAGCAUACAAAUCAGUUCAGACUGGAAUACUCUCCAGGGAAGAAAAUUGUCCUCCAAGCACCGCCAAUGUUCUCAGUGACCGCCCAUGAGAUUGAUGGUCAGUGGCAUGUACCUUUUCAACCCGAGUACUCACCCCAUCAGCUGGAUUUAUUUGAGAUUCCACAGGAAUGGCUCUGUUUUGACAUGUCCGGAUACAAAAGUGCCCCCGGGGGCGUAGAAAUGUAGAAUUUAAAAAAUAAAAAGUUUUUGAGGUUA